AUGUGUGGAAUCUUCGCAUAUUUCAACUACCUGGUGGAGCGAGACCGCAGGUUCAUCCUCGACACCCUCUUGGUGGGUCUCUCGCGACUUGAAUACCGUGGAUAUGACUCGGCUGGUCUCGUGGUGGACGGUGACAACGAAGAUGAAUCCUUCAUCUUCCGUGAGGUUGGCAAGGUCGCCGCCCUCCGUGAGAAAAUUUCUAAGGAAAAGGGUCUCGACACCGAACGCACGUUCGUGUCUCACAACGGAAUGGCGCACACGCGAUGGGCUACCCACGGUAUCCCCUCCGUCCGCAACUGCCAUCCUCAUCGGUCUGACGUCAAGAACGAGUUCACCGUCGUUCACAAUGGCAUCAUUACCAACUACAAGGAGCUCAGAACCAUCCUGGAAAAGUUCGGAUUCGUGUUUGAGUCCGACACCGACACCGAAGGUGUUGCGAAGCUUUGCAAAUACAUCUAUGACACGCAGAAGACCACCAUGGGGUCAACUCUGACUUUCACCGGUCUCGUCAAGGCCGUUUGCAAGGAGUUGGACGGUGCUUUCGCACUGAUUUUUAAGAGUUCCCACUUCCCCGGCGAAAUGGUCGCUGCUCGUCGCGGAUCUCCUCUACUUAUCGGUGUAAAAACGGCGAAGAAGCUCAAGGUCGACUUUGUGGACGUUGACACCGAAGUCCCAGUCGAGGAUGACCGCAACAUGCUUUCUCCCGAUCGCCCGAAGAUUCGCCGUACCCAAUCUCGAAGCUUCUUCGGAGAGGAGGGAGUCCCCAUGCCUGUGGAGUACAUUUUAGCCUCUGAUGCAUCUGCUAUCAUCGAGCACACGAAGAAGGUGUUGUACCUCGAGGACGACGAUGUUGCCCACAUCAGUGACGGAGACCUUCACAUUCACCGAUUGCGCCGAGACGACCACAUGUCGUCUGUGCGUCCCAUUCAGACGCUGGAGCAGGAGCUUGCCCAGAUUCAGAAGGGUGCUUUCUCUCACUUCAUGCUCAAGGAGAUUUUCGAGCAAACCGAGUCAGUUGUGAACACCAUGCGUGGACGCAUCAACUUUGAUGAUCGCCGCGUCGUUCUCGGUGGUCUGCGUUCUCAGCUGGCCAACAUUCGCCGCUCUCGUCGUCUCAUAUUCAUCGCUUGUGGUACUUCCUACCAUUCUUGCGUUGCAACGCGCUCGCUCUUUGCUGAAUUGACCGAGCUCCCCGUGUCUGUGGAACUUGCGUCGACAUUCCUGGACGAGCAGAUGCCCGUUUUCCGUGAUGACUGCUGCAUUUACGUUUCCCAGUCUGGCGAGACGAAAGACACACUGUUGGCUCUGCAAUACUGCAAGGAGCGUGGGGCUCUGUGCCUGGGUGUUACCAACACCGUUGGUUCUACAAUCUCGCGUGAGACUCAUUGCGGUGUCCACAUCAAUGCUGGUCCUGAGAUCAGUGUCGCCAGUACCAAGGCAUACACGUCGCAAUACAUCGCAUUAUCCAUGAUCGCGCUUCAACUGUCUGAUGACAACUACGCCAAGCUCGCUCGCCGUAAUGAGGUCAUCGAUGGCCUCUUCAACCUUUCCGCUGACAUCAAGAAGACGUUGGCUCUCGAGCCAGAGCUCAAGAAGCUCGCUGCUGAGGAGUUUGGUUCGGACAAGCCUGCAAACCUUAUUCUGAUUGGACGCGGUUUCCAGACGGCCACCUGCCUGGAAGGUGCCUUGAAGAUUAAGGAAGUGUCGUACGUUCACGCGGAGGGAAUCAACGCUGGCGAGCUGAAGCACGGGCCUUUGGCUCUCAUCGAUGAAAAGAUGCCCAUCAUCAUCAUUAUGCCAAAAGAUCGCCACUACUCGGAUUCCGAGAAUGCCCUCAAGCAGAUCACAGCCCGUUACGGCCGGCCGGUCGUCAUUUGCAAUGACGACGACACCACCGCAAACUUCCAAGGACUCCAAACCGUUCGCGUCCCUCGCACGGUUGAUGCGCUCCAGGCUAUCAUCAACAUCGUGCCUCUCCAAAUCCUCUCGUACUACAUGGCCACACAGCGUGGUUUCGACCCAGACUCGCCCAGGAAUCUCGCCAAAUCCGUUACCACUGCUUAG